CCAAAGUGACCUUCCUUGAGUGACAUGGAUAGGAAAGGAGACAACAGGUCUCCCUCCCUAUGUGCCCCCCCUCCUUGAGGGCCAGAAAUAGACUUGGGGUGUCCCAUUCAGCAUUGCCAGCAGUAUGGAGGAAUCUUUAAUACAUUAUUUUCUGGUGUCCCAUUAACUCUAUCAAAAGAUGUCAGUUUUAUCUAGUUCGACGUCGCCAGCAUUUUUAUAUGGACAGAUGUCAGUUUCUAAAUCUAUUAUUUUAGCAGUUGAAUUCUCAUGAUAGAUUUAGAUUCUCUACUCCUAAAUAUCUAAAUAAAAAUCUGGAUGUCUUAAAGGUUACUUUAGUAAUAGAACAUGACUAAUAGUACUAUUAUAGGAAACUAACUAAAAUUAUUAUAAUAUCAGUGUCUGUGUCUUUCCUUUUAUUGUGCGCCCUUUGUGGGGUGUUGAACUGUUUAAAUAUUUUUUUGGCUGUCUAUAAGUACCCCUUCUGAAUCUCUUCUCCUUUCACAAUUCAAACCCAUCUCUCUCUCUCUUUUGUUCUAGAAAUUCUUCAUCUCCCUCCUUUUUAGCUCCUAGGUUCCAUUUUUAAUUCAAGUGAGCCUGCUCACUAUCUUACAAACAUACACACUUUCUCUGCUUCUUAAUGGAUUCACCCAGAAUGAAUUUUGAAAACUCUUAUGAGUCGUCAUCAGUUACAGACAUAUAUUCAUCUUCAGAUUUGGAUGAAAGUUACCAGAAUCCGGUAUCUGAACAGCAAUUAGUUUCACACAAGAAAAAGGCUGGAAGAAAGAAGUUUAAUGAAACUAGACACCCAACUUACAGAGGAGUCAGAGGAAGGAAAAAUGAUAAAUGGGUUUGUGAAAUUAGAGAACCCAAUAGUAAAUCAAGAAUUUGGCUAGGUACCCAUUCUACUCCUGAAAUGGCAGCUAGAGCUUAUGAUGUUGCUGCUUUAGCACUUCGAGGGAAUUUAGCUCCAUUAAAUUUCGAGGAUUCUUUAUGGCGCGUAUCUCGUGCUAAGUCAUCGUCGGCGGUAGAUAUUCAAUCUGCUGCUGCCGAAGCCGCUCAGGCUUUCCCACUCUGUAGUUAUACAAAACCCAAAAAAUCACCUAAAUCAACUACUUCUGGAUUAUCAAGACUGGUUGAAAAUGCAGAGAAAAUUUCCAAUAGUUCUUCGUCUCCGGCAACGUUUUACGACGACGAAGCACUGUAUUAUAUGCCAUCCCUAAUUGCCAGCAUGGCAGAAGGUAUGUUACUUCAACCACCACAAGAGAGUUACUAUUUUGGUGACGUGGAUUGCAACGUGAACAGCAGUAUUUGGAGUGACUUGAGUGAUUUGGAUUUUUAAUUUUUUUCUUAUUUCGUUGAAUACCAUUUUUGGACCACCACUGUAUGGAGAGAGAGCUAUUAUAAUCUCUAUAUAUAGUAUAGUUUUAGAUAUGUUUUUGUAGAUAUUAUCUCUCAAUCUCUCUUUUUAGUAUUUUUUACUUUUAAUGGGGCAGUGCCUAUGCUGUCUCAAUUAUGAUUUUUGAUGAUAUAAAAGAAAUUGAGAGCAGACAAAAGGAAGGUAUCAUUUUAGUCCCCUCCUCCACUCCUCAUUCUAUCUUUUGUUAGUUGAGAUAUUUCUCUAGUUCUGUUAGGUAUGUGGUCAUUUCAAUAUCCGAAAUGGACAGCAUUUGAUGACGGGUGCUGAUGUGUUCAGAAGAGUUGUUGCGGGCACAUAGAACCAAUACUCUCUGGAGCUGCUAGGCUCACCUAGAUAACCUGGAUGGUCUCAGCCUUGGAUUAGCAGGAACGGGUUUAUGGGCAUGUGGGUGUGGCCCAAAGAUACAUCAUAUGCUGGGGUAAAAAAGUUAAAAGUCGGACCCAGUGGAAACAAUACCUCUUUCGAGACAUUAAGCCGCCAACACUGUCAGCUUCCACCUUAACAAAACUGAUCGUAUUUGUGCUUUUAGCCACUUUCUUGACGAGCAGCUUUUGUAGAAUAAUUUCUCCCUUUGCUGCAUUAUUGCUCGACGUCACCACUCCUAAUUUAAACUCUACUCAAAAAGAUAUGCCAAAGUUUCACAUCGUUUUGAAAAUAUCCAAAGGAGUUUACCUUUAGCAACAGCCACAGCCACAGCAACGACUCUCCCUAUCCAAGUUUAAAAGGAUAUGCCACACUU